CACCUCGCGAGGUGACAUUCGCGAUCCUCUCGUAUCCCCUAAUUUAACCCCUCCUUCAAUUAAGCAUUUGUCAUACGGAAUUAGAGCUCGAGUUUACUGUUAAAUCUCUCGUACAUGUCAUUGCACGAAGAUCCCCGCGAUCAUAGUUUUUUUUAAUAAUGUCCUCGCGAUGCUCGGAAGCAUUUAAGAUGUCUCGCUUUGUGUAAGAAACGAAUGUAGAUUAAUCGAGGAUAAUUUCCAACAUUUUCGAUCGUCUAAAAUAAUUGCUGUGUAAACAUAUACAAAAAUACGUUAACAAGUUUGUAUAACAUUGGACCUUGUUUGAGAGUAUAUAAAUAAAAUGAGCAAAACUUGACGUGUGUCAUUUCGCAUUUUUAUAUAAUAAACAUAAGUAAUGGCUGUCAAAGUAUCUGAUAUCAAAAGGUGAUAUCAAAGUAAUUUGUAUUCAUUACAUAUAAUCGCAUUUUAUCGUAUUAAUUAUUUAUAUGACUGAUGUCAUUUUUCUGUAUACGUAUACAAGAAGCAUAUAAGAAGGUCAUCAUAACAAUAUAUUACAAAAAAUAUUUAUUAUUGCAUAAAAAACUAUAAUGGCUCAACGUUCGCAAAACUAUGGAUCUACGGAUCAACGGAUGGAUGUACCUGAAAUAGGAUUUAGUCCUACUGAACUUUAUAGUCUCAGUGAAAAUAUUACCACUAACAUAUAUACAAUUAACACAAGUUGGAAAACUUUGGAAAGAGCUUAUAAAAACAUCGGAACCAGUAAAGAUAAUCAAGGCUUAAGAGACAAAGUACAUGUAACACAAUUAAGUACCAAUCAGGUGGUCACACAGACAAGCAAGGAUAUAGCAAGAUUAACAGUAUUGAUGAGGCGUGGAGAUAAACAGCAAAAAUUACAAAUUGAGAAACUCACAACAGAUUUUAAAGAUGCAUUACAAAGAUAUUCCGAUAUGCAAAAGUCAAUUGCAGAGAAGAUGAAGAAACAUAUUUUAGCUAUAACUAAUAUAGAAAAUUCAAUGGAUGGGGAAGAUGCUGAAGAGACACAACGGCUACUUCAAGUACAAGAACAAGAACAUAAGGCUACACAAAGAACACUCGAGUUUCAACAAGGACUGCUGUUGGAAAGAGAAGAUAGGAUUAAACGAAUUGAGGGGGAUAUUCUAGAUGUGAAUCAAAUUAUGCGUGAACUUGCAGCAUUGGUGCAUCAACAAGGUGAUACUAUCGAUACGAUCGACAACCAUAUAGAGAAUAUACACAGCGAUGUGGAGUUAGGAGCGCAGGAACUUGUGAAGGGAAGUAAUUACCAAAGUAAAUUUCGUCGGAAAGUUUACAUCUUGUUGUUUCUUGCGGUUAUAGUUGUCAUUGUAUUAACUGUUAUUCUAGUCAUUAAAUUAAGUUAGCGCCCCUAGCCUUUGUGCGAAUUUUAACGAUAAAUGGAAAGGGUUGUCUCAAUCUGUGUUUCAUCAAGUUGAUUAAAGUCAAAGUAAUGUGUUUAAAAUCAUGUUUCAUUCAUCUUGAUUUUUCUAUUUCCAUACAUUGGAAAUGUAAAUGAGAGUAUAGAGACUUAUUUUAUAUUUGCUUAUGAAUACAAACAUCUGCUUUAUUACCAAUAAUAAUACCUCUUAUAUUUUUGGAGAGAUAUGUCAGACAUUUUUAAAUUUUAUAAAACAAUAUUUAAUAAUUUCACAUGUAAAGUAUGAAUUUUUAUGGGUUUUUUUAAAAUUCUAUUCUUGCACUUAUAAACGUACAAUUAUUGAAUAAAUUAUUGGAGCGUAUUGACAAAAGAACUCAUGAUAUCUUUAUCUUAAAUUGCAUCAUUGUUUUAUAUUUUAUAAUAUCUCAUAUAUUUUUAUAUUAAUAUUAAUU